AUGACAAGCCCGAAUCGAUUCGCCCAGCCGAACCGUCGCGCUGUUGGGAUUAUGUCGUCACACUACGAGUCAAACAAUUCUCCCGGAGCCCCUGGAACUCCAUUAAAUAAUUCCUCUAUGGCAUCUGUUAAUUUUAAUCCUUCUGGCGGCGUCACGACAUUAUCCAACGUUCCUCCUCCGAAAAAUCCAAAAUUGUACAAAACUGAGUUGUGUCGUUCAUGGAUGGAUCAUGGUCGUUGUAACUAUGGAGAAAGAUGUCAGUACGCUCAUGGAGAACAAGAAAAGCGCCCAAUUCCCCGCCAUCCGAAGUAUAAAACCGAGGCAUGUCAGUCAUACCACCAGUCAGGAUAUUGUCCAUAUGGACCACGGUGUCACUUCAUUCACAGGUUUGUUGGUAGUCUGAGCGAAGCAGACCUACUGGCAAAUCUUCCGACACCGCCGACUCCCGUUCGCACCAACCGUAACAGUGGUUUCCUACCACAGCCUUCCUCUCAGCACCUGUCGUCGACGUCAUUCACAAGCACACCACUUAGUAAUCCAGUGAUGAGUGCACGGGAAAAUAUCUUGCUAGGAAGUUCAGUGCUGCAACGUGUGUCGUCCUUACCGGGCUAUGGCAGUACUGGAGAGUCAACUGCUGGUAGUAGCAGUUCUGCUGAUAGUGGUUCCGAAUCGCCGAAUGGUAGUUUUUCGCCGGGACUCGACUUAGAUGAUGGAGGUUCAUUUGGGACGGCUUUCAUGGCAACUCAUCAGAUCAGUCAACGAGGGCAACAGAUGUCAAAUUCACUGAACUACGAUAUGAAUCGGUGA